AUGCCAAGAUGUGUGACAAAUUCCAAAUUUUUAGUUGUAAUUACCUCAGCUCCUACUCAUUCAGACCGUAGGUCAGCCAUUAGAAAGACUUGGUGCAAUCCUUAUGCUUCAGAACAUUCUCAAGAUUCCUGGCAGUGUGUGUUUUUGAUUGGAAGUGUUGAGGGUGACAUAAUUUCUAGAAAAGUUAAGAAAGAGAUGUCAGUUUAUCGGGAUAUUUUACUUGGCAGCUAUAUAGACUCUUACAGAAACCUCACUUAUAAAGUUCUAAAUGCAUUCUCUUGGAGUAAAACCUACUGUCCUAUUAAUUUUGUUUUAAAAACAGAUGAUGAUUGUUUUGUGAAUACAAAACUUCUUUAUCAAUUUUUGAUAACUUAUAAUGACAAGACUACAGACUUGUAUGCUGGUAAUAUAUUUAUGGAAGAUUCCAAUCGACCUGUGAUUCGUAAUGAAUUGAAUAAAUGGCAUGUAGCAGAAGACACAUAUUCUCGGGAAAGUUAUCCACCGUAUGCUAGUGGAACUGGCUAUAUUUUGUCUCAAGAUGUUGUUGGUAGAGUAGUAGAUGAAAGUGUGUAUCAUAAACCUAUACCAAUAGAAGAUGCCUAUACCGGUAUAUUGGUGAAUUCUCUAGGAAUUGAACCUGUACAAAGUGCUCGUUUUAUGACAUUUAGCUCAGGCUUAACUUUAUGUAAUUAUUUGUAUCUCUUUGUGUCUCAUAAUGUCAAGGCAAAUCAACAGUUUGAGAUGCAUAAUAAUAUGAUGAUGGCACAUUCAAAAUGUCAUAAUGAUGAAGAGGUCACCUCUUGGUUUUAG